AAUCAGAACAUGGGUCUGUAUAGAGCGUAGCAUACUUAUUGUGUCUUUAUUUUUAUUUACUAGAUGCCGGUUGUGUGCUUUGAAAACUGAAAACAAAACAAUGUUGUCAAUCUAAAUAGCAUUGUCUACAAUAUGAAAAAUCGAGUUGACUCAUGAAAACAAAUCAUCGAAUAUAAUUUUUAUUUUAUAUCUUAUUUAUGUGUGUUGAUCAAAUUAAAAACCGAAUAAAAUUGUCUGCAUUUGAUUUACACGUGUAAAUGAAUUAAUAAUUGUUAAAAAAAGAAACUAAUGUAAUUAAGAGUGAUCUUGAAGUAAAAUCUGAUUAUACUUUGGGUAUUUUUUCAUUUGAAUUAAUUACUGAAGAGUAAUUUAGUACAACUUCAUCAAUAUAAUAUGAGUGUUCGAAGACAAGCCCAGAUUUUUAAAUGAUGGCUGGAGUUACUGGCAAAGGUUCUGGCAAAGGUAGGACUAAGCCAUGUUGUGCAUGGUGUUCAGAAAAGAGAGAACUGAAGUAUUGUCUGAAUGUUGAUCACCAAAAGAAGGAUUUUUGUUCUGAAAUGUGUCUACAUGAUUAUAAGAUUGCAUUUUUAAAGGUAACUUGUGCUUUCUGUGAGAGUGAAAUCACUAAACAUCCUGUUGUGAUAACAGAACCUACAAUCAAGGAUUUUUGCAAUCAAGCUUGUCUUCAAAAGCAUUCUGCUAAAGAGUUAAGCUCUCAGCUUGAAAAACAGAAAACUAAGCAAAAUAGUAUAAUUCAGCAUAACUAUGAAGUUACAGGUGUAUUUGAUUGGGAUGAAUAUUUAAGAGAAUGUAAUGCUACUGCUGCACCUUCAGAUUGUUUCAAGCAGUAUCCUAUUCCUCCAAAGAAUGAGUUCAGAUUAGGUAUGAAACUGGAAGCUUAUGAUCCUCGCAAUGUGACUUCAACAUGCAUUGCCACUGUUGUGGCAAUGUUAGGUCCCCUACUUCGACUGCGUUUAGAUGGCGGUGAUAACAAAAAUGACUUUUGGCGAUUGGUUGAUAGCUCAGAAAUACAUCCCAUUGGUCAUUGUGAAAAGAAUGGUGGUAUGUUGCAGCCCCCUCUUGGAUUUAGAAUGAAUGCUUCAUCAUGGCCCAUGUUUCUGUGUAAGACUUUAAAUGGUGCAGACAUAGCUCCAAGUAGCAUAUUUAUGGAGGAACCACCAUCACCAAAACGCAACAAAUUUGAAAUUGGUUAUAAAUUAGAAGCAUUGGAUCGAAAAAAUCCUCACUUAAUUUGUCCUGCCACAGUUGGUGCUGUGAAAGAAGAUAUGAUCUUUGUAACUUUUGAUGGUUGGCGAGGAGCUUUUGAUUACUGGUGUAAAUUUGACUCUAGAGAUAUUUUUCCUGUUGGAUGGUGUAGAGCUAGUGGACAUACCUUACAAUAUCCUGGAAAUAAGGGUGCAGCUGGAGGAAGGUACAAAGUUAAAGUUCAUUUACCAGUUACUAACUCUACUUUAGCUCCAACAAUUAAUUCUCCUGUAUCUUCACAAAAUCCUAGCAGUAGCACCAGAUCUAAAAUAAAUGUAACUGAUGGCAGCCUGAAAAGCCAAUCUCAGUCUUACCUAGCAGUUUCCUCUGGUAACUCUUCUGUUCUAGAAAAUGAAGAAACGAACCAACCAGAUUGCAAACCGUCUUCAUCUAUUUCAAAAGUUCUUGUUACAGAGCCUGACACAAGUUCUGUUUCAAAAACAUAUCCCACAGCUUGUGCUUACAUAAAUCAUGAUUGUACCUGUGGACCCUACUUGAGUCCAAGACGAGUGGCUAAUUUGCCUGUAAAGUAUGGUCCUGGCUCAUUAAAUCGUGUUCUUCGAGAAGCUGUGCAAACCUUCAUUGAUUGCUCAGAAAAUGAAAAAAGUGUUUUUUCUUUGUUAAAACAAGGUGAAGGAAAAGUAAUAAUUACAGCAAACUUUGAUGAUAAAACACAUACUUGCCGAUUACCUCCUGUUGAUAAUGUUUCAACGUUCUGGCAUUAUCUGGAAGGUCUUUUUGAGGACCUAAUGUGCUGUGAAAAUUUUUAUACUAGUCGUCCACUUGAAGGUGGGUGCACGAAAUGUGCAAAUAAAGGACCAUUUAGAAGAGUGUCAGAAGAUAAUAUGGUUAUAAGUGGAGAGAACCCUAGGUUAGAAAAACGGCGAUGGUCAUCAGACUCUUCGGAAAAUCAUUCAGGCAACAAUACAAUUGCACUAAUGAAACCAAUUAAACAACAACGUUCUUCCAGUCAGUCUUCAGAAAAUAAUGAAUAUGCGAAACUGCAUAUAAGAGUUGAACGAAGCAUUUCCAAACCAAAUGAGUGGAGUAUUGAUGAUGUAAUUCAUUUUAUUUGUAAUACAGAUCAAAAUAUGAGUGCAUAUGCAGAUGUUUUUCGAAAACAUGAAAUUGAUGGAAAAGCCUUGUUACUUUUAAAUAGUGAAAUGAUGAUGAAAUAUAUGGGAGUGAAAUUAGGACCAGCUUUGAAAAUCUGCAACCUAAUAGAAAAGUUAAAAAGCAAGCGCCAUCAUUAAUAGCAGUGAUGCUCUCCAUACCAGUCCUGUCUAAACACUUCUGUGAUAAUUUUUUUGUUUUGUUUUUAUGUAAUUUAGGGACAUUUAGUUUUGUUUUUAUGAAAACUAGUAGCAUAUUUUGUUUAGUGCAAGGUGAUUGUGUGAUAAUCUUUUCGCAACAUAUAUGAAGCCAUUCCAUUAAUCAUUUUAAAGAAACUCUUUCGAAAUAACACUCAUCUCAACUAUAUUUUGAAUUUGUUAGUAUUUAAAAUAAGAAUUUAAAAAAAAUUUUGUUAACAUUAGCAGCCAUAAGUGUAACAGAACUGCUGACCAUCAUAUUAUAGCCUGCCACAAUAUCUAAAUUGGUAGUGAAAUUACAAUCAUUUAAGAAUUUUUUUGAAAUUUUGCCCGCAUUUAAAAAAAUUGCAGUAUAAUUAUCAGGACUUAUUUUUAUAUUUUUGAAUAUUUCUAUAUAUCAUUAUGGACAAAACCAAAUUAAUCAAAUUUAUCUAACUAAUAAUCAAAUGUUUAAGCAUAAUUUUUACUACUCUUUAAUUGUUUGGGAAAACUUUCAUCUAAAAGUUAGAGGAGUUGACAGCUCUGAUGUUCUUAUUAAUCAACAUUUUACACAAAUAAAUUUAAACCUUAUUAAGUAGCUUUAUACUAUAGAAAUGAUAAUCUAACGUGCAUUUUUAAUUUUUUUCAAUAGUGUAAUUUUUCAAAUUUUUUUCAUUCCAUUUUAUCGUUUAAGCCCCAUUAUCGUGUAUUUACCUUUAAUGGUCUAAACAUUAAUUCUUGUAAGCACAUAAACCAAGAAGAUUUUUAUUUAAUAUCUGAAAUAAAACUGAUUAUGAAGUAAAAAUAUUAAAUGAAUGACAGAGGUAUCUUAUAAGCAGUUAAAUAUAUGCCUCUGUUAUCAGUGUUGUAGUUACAAAUUUUUCAGUGGGAGAAUGCUAAAGAAUCCUUUUUUUUUUCUUAUAAAAAACAGAAUUUUGUUGUUGUUAUUUCUUACUUUAUUUAGUUUAAAAUUUUCUAAAUUAUACAUACCACUUUAAAGUAAGAUUUUU